UCUCUUAUGCCGCUCUACUAGGUCACCACCAGCACAGCGAUCUGAGCUGUUUGGGCUGGCUGGUUCCCCGCCAGCUCGGUCCCGCUGCGAAGGGGGGCUCCAGGAUCAUCUCGUCGCCUGAAAAACUAGCCCAGCAAGAAAAGUGUCUCCCACGCACAAAAGCAAGAGCAUGACGGUCCUCCGCCACCACCUGUCUCCCAGCGAGGAGGUAGCAGGCCGUUUCCCUUCCACUGGGAUGCCAUCUGCUGUGCCUCUCAGGGGCUAGGCAGCAGAGGCUGGAUCAUGUCUGCCCUUCUUUGCCUGAGGCACCUUUUGGAGUGGGUCUGGCUGCUCAGCCCAUCAUGCCUGGCCUGUUUCUGACCUGGGAUAGAUAGGGCUCCCCUUGAUCUAACGCUGUAACUGCUCCCUGUUGUAUGUCUGGGUCCAGCAUUCCCCACCGCUUGCCCAGUGGGGGUAGAUGAGAGAGAACUUGCUGUAACCUAAAAUCUGAGAAGUAGAUUUGCCUCUAGGCCGCCAUGAGUCAAAGCACCAGCUCUCGCCUGGCAGACUCGCCCCAGCUCUCCAGGACCAGCCUCCUCAACAUCCUCGGCAGCCCUCAGCCCGAGACGAUGAGCCUGCCGGACUCCAUGUCCCCCACCCCGAAGAGUGGCACGCCCUCGCCGGGGCCGUCCCAGCUUCCCCUGGGAGCCGUGUGUCUGGACGGGGACUGGGAGAGCCGGGAGGAGCUCCGGCUGCGGGAGCUGGAGGAGGCCCGGGCCCGAGCGGCCCAGAUGGAGAAGACCAUGCGCUGGUGGUCGGACUGCACCGCCAACUGGCGGGAGAAGUGGAGCAAGGUCCGGGCGGAGCGCAACAAGGCCCGAGAGGAGGUGCGCCAGCUGCGGCAGAAGCUGGAGACCCUGACCAAGGAGCUGACCAGCCUCAAGCGGGAGCGGCAGGAGGUGCUGAACGAGAACGAGCAGCUUGGCAAGGAGGUGGCGCGGCUGAAAGGGGAGGGCGAGGAGGAGCAGGAGAAGGAACUGGACAACAGGGUGGCCUUGGAGAAGGAGAAAGAGGGCUUCCAGGAGCAGGAACCCGUGCGGGAUGUGGGCUCGGAUAAGCUGAGUAAAAAUAAGGAGUUUGAGCUGAUGGAAAACAUCCUCAAGAGCAAACAAGAAGGGCCCGAGUGCUGGGAUCAGCGGAGCUCAGUCAGCGUCCGGACGUCCUUCACUCGCCCGGAGAGGAACCGGCUGCUCUGGGAGGACAUGAGCGUCCUCGAGGAAGAUGCCACCAAAGUGACUGCACUGAAGCUGAGGCUGGAUGAGUCCCAGAAAGUGUUGCUCAAGGAGCGGGAGGACAAGCUGUCGCUCAGCAAGAGCAUCGAGAAGCUGGAGGGCGAGCUCAGCCAGUGGAAGAUCAAGUACGAGGAGCUGAACAAAAACAAACAGGAAGUGCUGAAGCAGCUGAACAUCCUCAAGGAGCUCCACCAGGAUGAACUAGGGCGGAUUUCAGAGGACCUGGAGGACGAACUGGGGGCUCGCUCAAGCAUGGACAAGAAGCUGGCAGAGCUGCGCACGGAGAUGGAGCGGCUGCAAGCGGAGAACGCUGCGGAGUGGGGGAAGCGCGAGCGCCUGGAGACGGAGAAGCUGAACCUGGAGAGAGAGAACAAGAAGCUGCGGGCUCAGAUUGAGGACCUGGAGGAGGUACUGGCCCGGAAGCGCCGGCAGACAGCCAGCGCGCUGGACACUGACCUCAAAACCAUCCAGGCCGAGCUCUUUGAGAAGAACAAGGAGCUGGCCGACCUGAAGCACAUCCACAGCAAGCUGAAAAAGCAGUACCAGGAGAAGACGGCCGAGCUGGCGCACGCCAACCGCCGGGUGGAGCAGCAUGAGGCAGAGGUGAAGAAGCUGCGUCUGCGGGUGGAGGAGCUGAAGAAGGAAUUGGCCCAGGCGGAGGAUGAGCUUGAUGAAGCCCAUAACCAGGCACGGAAACUGCAGAGGUCCCUGGAUGAGCAGACGGAGCAAAGCGAGAACCUCCAAGUGCAACUGGAGCACCUGCAGUCCAGGCUGCGCAGGCAGCAGAACACACCGCUCUUUGGGAAGAUCCGGAGCUCCCGAUUUGGCCCCGACGACCCCGACGAUGGGACCAGUGAUCUGGAUGAAGAUGAAGAUCUACAGAUCCAGGUUCCUUAGUGCCCAGUGCACAGGGCCAAUGAGACCGUGGCUGGAGGAGAGAGAAGGAAGUGGCAGGCUGGACGCUUGGGGAGGAGAAUACCUGCAGGAGCCUGGU